AUGGGAAAUCAAGGAUCAGGUGGACAGAGACGAGGCGAUGGUGACAAAGAAAAAAAGAAAUACGAACCGCCAAUUCCAACUCGAAUAGGUAAACGAAAAAAGAAUACCAAGGGCCCCGAAGCAGCAAACAAAUUACCUCAAGUGUUACCCUACACACGUUGUCGGCUAAAACAACUUCGAUUCGAACGUAUCAAAGACUAUCUAUUGCUCGAAGAAGAAUUCAUUAAAAAUCAAGAGCGUUUGAAACCUCAAGAAGAUCGUCAUGAAGAAGAACGUUCGAAAGUUGAUGACAUCCGAGGAUCACCUAUGGCAGUUGGAACAUUAGAAGAGAUUAUCGAUGAUAAUCAUGCCAUUGUAUCCACUUCCGUUGGUUCGGAACAUUACGUAACAAUAAUGUCCUUCGUUGACAAAGAUCAACUUGAACCAGGAUGCACUGUUCUACUAAAUCAUAAAGUCCAUGCGGUCAUUGGUGUGUUAGGCGAUGAUGUCGAUCCAAUGGUUGCAGUUAUGAAAUUAGAAAAAGCUCCCAAAGAGACGUAUGCCGAUAUUGGUGGAUUGACAACCCAAAUCCAAGAAAUUAAAGAAGCUGUAGAACUACCAUUAACUCACCCUGAAUACUAUGAAGAAAUGGGUAUAAAGCCUCCAAAAGGCGUUAUUCUUUAUGGACAACCUGGAACAGGCAAAACUCUAUUAGCCAAAGCCGUGGCUAAUCAAACAUCGGCGACAUUCUUACGUGUUGUUGGCUCGGAAUUAAUUCAAAAAUAUUUGGGCGAUGGACCAAAACUCGUUCGAGAACUUUUCCGAGUAGCCGAAGAAUAUGCACCGGCCAUCGUCUUCAUCGAUGAAAUCGAUGCUGUUGGCACGAAACGUUAUGAUUCCAAUUCUGGCGGUGAAAGAGAAAUUCAGCGUACUAUGUUAGAACUACUCAAUCAACUCGAUGGAUUUGAUUCACGUGGUGAUGUAAAGGUCAUUAUGGCUACCAAUCGAAUUGACAGUCUUGAUCCUGCCUUGAUUCGACCUGGCCGUAUCGAUCGAAAAAUUGAGUUUCCGCUACCGGACGAAAAAACUCGUCGAAUGAUUUUCAAAAUCCACACUGGCCGUAUGACAUUAGCCGACGAUGUUAAUCUGGAGGAGUUGAUCAUGGCUAAAGACGAUCUGAGUGGUGCCGAUAUCAAAGCUAUUUGCACUGAAUCGGGUUUGAUGGCAUUACGUGAACGUCGAAUGAAAGUCACUAACGAAGACUUUCGCAAGAGUAAAGAAACUGUACUCUAUCGAAAGAAUCAAGGAACACCGGAAGGAUUGUACUUAUAA